AAUAAAAAAGGUACAUCAUCUCUGCAUUUCAAGCCUCAAACUGAUCUGUCCCUCCCAAGUCCAGUCCUUUGUUCCAACCAAUCUACUUUAGGCAUGCUGUUCCUGAAAAGAAAGAGCAUUUUGAAGACCUUCAAGUGUACAGAUCAUAAUUCUUCUUCAUCAAUUUUGAAAGGAACUAUAAGUUCAUAAUUUCCACUACUACUCAUUAUCCCACAAAUGAGGGAACCAGUAUAGCUCAAAAUAAGAUGAGAUAUAACAGUAGUAUUACCUGCCACUGUUAUUACCAACAUUUCUAACCAUGAUAGAAAAUUCAGUAUUAUUCACUUUCUUUCUCUUGUCUCUCACCAUUUCUGGGUUUCUAAACACAACUUCUGCUCUGAACCAAGAAGGUCUGUCCUUACUUUCAUGGCUCUCAACUUUCAAUUCCUCUUCCACAUCUUCUGCAUUUUUCUCUUCAUGGAAUCCAACCCACCCAAAUCCAUGCAAAUGGGAUUAUAUCAAGUGUUCAAGUAAUGGUUUUGUCUCAGAAAUCUCAAUCACCUCAAUCAACAUUCCCACCAGCUUUCCAUCUCAGCUCCUCUCCUUUAAUCAUCUCUCUUCUCUUGUUAUCUCAAAUGCAAACAUCACUGGAAUCAUUCCAACCUCAAUUGGAAACUUGUCAUCACUUGUUAUCUUAGACCUCAGCUUCAAUGCUCUCACAGGAAAUAUCCCAGAAAGCAUUGGAAAACUAUCAAAACUCCAGUUGUUGUCAUUGAAUUCAAACUCACUUCAUGGUGGAAUUCCUUCAGCCAUUGGGAACUGCACGAAGCUCCGGCAGCUUGAGCUGUUUGACAACCAGCUUUCUGGCAAGAUUCCAGCUGAGAUGGGCCAAUUGGAGGCCCUAGAAAUCCUCCGGGCUGGCGGGAACCCAGGUAUCCAUGGAGAAAUCCCAAUGCAGAUAUCCAAUUGUAAGGGACUAACUGUGCUGGGACUUGCUGAUACAGGAGUGUCAGGGCAGAUUCCAAGUAGCAUAGGAGAGCUUAAAAAUCUCCAGACACUUUCAGUGUACACUGCUAACUUAUCAGGUAAUAUCCCACCAGAGAUUGGCAACUGUUCAUCUUUAGAGAACUUGUUUUUGUAUGAGAACAAGCUCUCUGGUGAGAUUCCUGUUGAGUUUGGCCUCAUGAAAAACCUCAAGAGACUCUUCAUAUGGCAGAACAAUCUAUCUGGAUUCAUUCCUGAUGCUCUGGGGAACUGCUCUGCUUUGAUGGUUAUAGACAUCUCAUUGAAUCUUUUGAGUGGUGAAAUUCCAGCCUCUCUUGUCAAUUUAUUAUCACUCGAAGAGCUUCUCUUGUCUGACAAUGAGAUUUCUGGAGAGAUACCACGGUUUAUAGGCAAUAUCACCAGUUUGAGACAACUUGAAUUAGACAAUAACAGACUAACUGGAAUGAUUCCAUCCACCAUUGGAGAACUGAAGGAACUUAAUCUGUUUUUUGCUUGGCAGAAUCAGCUUCAAGGCAGCAUACCCUCAGAGUUGGCCAACUGCAAAAAGCUUCAGGCAUUGGAUCUUUCAGGGAACCAACUCACCGGGCCAGUUCCAAAGUCACUAUUUAAUCUCAAGAACUUAACUCAGUUGUUGUUAAUCUCAAAUGGGAUUUCAGGUGAGCUUCCAUCAAAUAUAGGGAACUGCCUCAGUUUAAUCCGUUUAAGGCUAGGAUCAAACAACUUCUCUGGACCAAUCCCAGCUGAGAUUGGACACCUGCGUCGUCUAAGCUUCCUCGAACUGUCCAAAAACCGCUUCUCCGGAGAAAUUCCUCAGGAACUAGGCAACUGCACUCAGCUGGAAAUGGUUGACUUGCAUGCAAAUGAGCUUCAAGGAGUGAUUCCUUUAUCUUUUCAAUUCCUCUCUUCUCUUAAUGUUUUAGACCUUUCCAUGAACAAAAUUUCUGGCAACAUUCCUGAUAGUCUAGGCAAACUAACCUCCUUGUAUAAAUUGAUGCUUAGUGGGAAUUGGAUUAGUGGCAGUAUUCCAAAAUCACUUGGACUCUGUACAGAUUUACAGUUGUUGGAUUUGAGCAGAAACAAACUUUCUGAUUCAAUCCCAGAUGAGAUUGGUCAAUUACAAGGCCUAGAUAAUCUCUUAAACUUGAGCUGGAAUUCUCUAAGUGGUUCAAUCCCAGAAAGCUUUACAAUUCUCUCAAAGCUUGCCAGCUUAGACCUCUCUCAUAAUCACUUGACUGGAAGCCUUAAAGUUUUGAGUAGUCUAGACAACCUUGUCUUUUUAGAUGUCUCAUACAAUGAUCUUUCUGGGCCCAUUCCAAAUACCAAGUUCUUUGAAGAUCUUCCCAAUAGUUCAUUUGCUGGGAAUCAAAAUAUCUGCCUAAAAAGAAGCGAGUGUCACAUUAGUAGUGAUAUUCAUGGAAAGAGAUCAACCAGAACUCUUGUUGUUUCUAUUCUUUUGAGCCUAACGGCUACUAUCUUGCUUGUCCUUGCUUCCAUAACUUCAUACAUCAGAGUUUGUGGGAGCACGAGCAACGAUGAUGAAAAUGGCUUAGAUUGGGAUUUCACUCCAUUUCAAAAGCUCAACUUCUCUAUCACUGAUAUCCUUACCAAGCUGUCAGAUUCAAGCAUUGUUGGGAAGGGUUGUUCUGGCGUGGUUUAUCGCAUUGAGACUCCUUCAAAGCAGGUUAUUGCAGUGAAGAAGCUGUGGCCCGCAAGUAGUAAUAGCGAGGUUCCUGAGAGGGACUUGUUUUCUGCUGAAGUUCAAACUCUUGGUUCUAUUAGGCAUAAGAAUAUAUUGAGGCUUUUGGGGUGCUGCAACAAUGGGAGAAGUAGGAUGCUCUUGUUUGAUUAUAUCAGUAAUGGGAGUUUGUCUAAUUUACUCCAUGAAAAGAAGCUCUUCUUGGAUUGGGAUUCAAGGUACAAGAUAGUACUUGGAGCAGCUCAUGGCUUAGCUUAUCUUCACCAUGAUUGUAUUCCUUCAAUCGUUCACCGUGACAUUAAGGCUAACAACAUCUUGGUAGGACCACAGUUUGAAGCUGUUCUAGCAGAUUUUGGCCUCGCAAAGCAUGUUAACACCUCCGAAAGUUUCAGAAAUUCAAGAACAGUUGCAGGUUCUUAUGGUUACAUUGCACCAGAAUAUGGAUACAGUUUUAAGAUCACAGAAAAAAGUGAUGUGUAUAGCUAUGGAGUUGUGCUACUAGAGGUCUUAACUGGAAUACAGCCAACAGAUAGUAGAUUCCCAGAGGGAUCCCACAUCGUAAGUUGGGUUAACAAAGAAGUUCGCGAGAGGAGAAGAGAGAUAACAUCAAUCCUCGACCAACAACUAAUUCUCCGAUGUGGGACUCAAAUCCAAGAGAUGCUUCAAGUGUUGGGAGUGGCUCUCCUCUGCGUGAAUCCUUCACCAGAGGAACGACCAGCCAUGAAAGAUGUCACAUUAAUGAUCAAAGAAAUACGACAUGAAAUUGAGGAAAACCAUUGUCAAAAACCAAGUCUUCUUGGCAAUGAAACAGUAAAAAGCCCCAAACAAGAAGCAGCAACACUUCAUUGCUCUAGUUUCUCUAAGUCACAUUGAUGCCUUCACCAAUAAUCUCUUUUAGAAGUCGAUCAGCUUUUAUGUUCAUUAAAACUGUUUUCGUUAAGUAUAAUUUUGUAUAGAUUAGUAAUAGGGACCUUGUAACAGGCUAUUACAAGACAUCAUCUUCCCUCUUUUUCUUUCACUGCUAUUCAUCCCCUUGCUUUGUCCAAAA